AUGCGGCAACUCAUCUUCUCUGUGUCACCGUCAAGUUGGAAAAUGCGGAGGGAUACAAUCAUUGUCGCCGCUGCCUCACUCACGCAGCCAGCCUUUGCGGGUUUCAUCCAGCCUGCACUGCAAGCUCUCACAUGGAAGUUCAACGGCACGGACCUUUGGGCACCCGUUCACCUAGACUCGGCGGUGUACCACUUGCAAAGCCGUGCUGGAGUCGUCACAAACUCUCUCAGUAAACGGGCCUCAUCAUCUGGUGGUUACCUCGGGUGCACUGUUCUCACUAUCUCGGACCCCAUCGAGAGUCUUUCAUCUGCCAUUCUGGAUACUAUCCUGGCUGAGUAUGAAAUAGACGAUGUUUGGAGCGCCGAACAGUUCCUUGACUGUUUGUUUCUACAGUACAAUGGGACCCAGAAUGGAAUCGCUCUGAGCCCAUCCGUCGCCGAUUCUCUUAGCAACCAUGGUGUAGAGCACUUGUUCCUUGACUCAGCUUUCAAUGCUAUCGGCUUCGCGACUACCGCAAAUAUUUCGAUUGUUGAAUCUAGUUGUGGGCUGGGUAACGGCCCUUACGUUGUGAAGUUGCCGGACUGUGGAGAGGGUGGUUUGUCUGUGACCCCAGUUUACGCACUCCAUCCGGACGAUUAUGAAGCUUUCAUGUAUGGUUCCUACGUGCACGCAACCGAGCCGGCCAGGCACCAACAGCUCCAUGUAUCUUUGCCGGGGACCCGUGUGCCAAAUAUCAUUGUGCCCUCCAGACUCUCAUCAACUAAGCCUGGCGCAGGGCCAUUGGCCGGCCUUCGUUUCGGCGUCAAGGACAUCUUCCACAUCAAAGGGCUGAAAACGUCUGGCGGGAGUCGAGCCUACUACGAAACGUAUGGCUACCAGAAUUACACAACCGAGACAGUCCAACUGUGCGAGAACGCCGGUGCCUCCUUAAUUGGUAAACUGCGCACAAUCACCUUCGCGCUCGGCACACCACGAAACGGCAUGUCGGUGGAUUUCCACGACCCCUGGAAUGCUCGCGGCGACGGAUACAUGUCCACCGGCGGCAGCUCAUCCGGAUCUGGGGCAGCCGUCACAGCCUACGAAUGGGUAGACUUCGCAUUGGGGUCUGACACUGGUGGUAGUGUGCGCUUCCCUGCUCGAUUCGGUGGCGUGUACGGCUACAAGCCCACGCACGGGAUCUACAACCUGACUGGGAUACUUGUUGCGAUCGCGGAGCAGGACACACCGGGCUUCCUGGCCCGCUCCCCUGAGAUCUUCACUCGUGUUGGUCGUGUGUGGGCGGAUGGCAAGCCGCUGGCACCGUCGCCGGAGGUUUUGCCACGCAAGUUGCUGCGCUACGACGAGCAGGCGGCGUUCACUCAGCCCGUCGCCGCGGAGAUGAUCGAGAAGUUCUUCGUCGAGAUGGCUCAUAUUCUAGAUCUCUCAGACAACCACUCCGUCAAUAUCACGAAGAGGUUCCUAGAUGGCAAUGUCAGCGAAACCGCCAGUGCGCAAACCCCAGCGGUGUGGAUGAACAAUGUAUACUCGGACUUGAACAACGUGCAGGGCUGGGGCGAAAUCGGUGCUCCUCUGGCCACUGCAUACAGCGAGAUCCCAGGCCGCGAGGGCGCAUUCCCGCCCAUCGAGCCUCCAGUCAACAUGUCGUGGACAGAUGGUCGGGAUCCUAUAACUCGCGCGCGAUACCCUGAGUCGCAGCGCCGCCGGCAGGUAUUUGGUGACUGGUUCAACAAGGAGAUCCUGUCCGGGAACAAUGAGACGUGCAGCGAGUAUCUCUUCGCGCACAGCUACCACAUCCCACCAAACACGGUCAAAACAGACCCUGCCGAGGCUCGAUACGUUACGGGUUGGUACGACGGGCUGUAUGUCAACUACGCAAAGACGCCGGAAAUUGUAGUGCCGAUUGGACAGAUAGAGUACCACAGCAAGUAUACCAACAGAAGCGAGUGGCAGCCCGUUACCGUGGCUCUGGGUGUGGCGAAGGGUUGCGAUCUGGUGCUUUUUGAUGUCGUCGACAAGUUGGCAGAGGCAGGGCUUCUCAGAGAGGUGAUGGCUGGAGUGUUGGCGUAUCCGUUGACAUAG